CGGAAGCUAACGCCCUCUACGGUAGAAAUGACACGCAUGAUCGACCUCCAAAUCAAAACAUGGCUUUAGCUGGGAAGAUAUUGUUUCGGAAUUCUGUAUUUUUAAAGCCGUUGUUUAGAAUUCAUCCACGAUGCAGCAACAGUGCCAAUUUUUCCAGCUGUUCAUUCAGACAAGCGAUUACAUUGUCAACCAGACAAGAAAAUCAUAAACCAUUUUUAGGCAUUGACUCGUUUAAUUUUUCUCUAGUGCGGUCAAUGUUCAUCCAGACCCAAGAAACACCAAAUCCUAACAGCCUAAAGUUUGCACCGGGUGUUCCAGUCAUGGAAGUGGGAACCAGAGAUUUUCCCAAUGCCUCAUCCGCUUAUGCAUCACCAUUAGCAAGGCAACUUUUUCGAUUAGAAGGCGUUUGUGGUGUAUUUUUGGGACCUGAUUUUAUCACGGUCACAAGGACAGAUGACGAUGUGGAGUGGAAGGUCUUGAAACCUGAGAUAUAUGCUGCUAUCAUGGACUUCUUUGCUUCUGGUGUUCCAGUAAUAACAGAAGAAGAAGCUCCCCAAGAUACAGUUGUCAAUGAAGAUGAUGAUGAAGUGGUUGCUAUGAUCAAAGAGUUGUUAGAUACAAGAAUUCGUCCGACAGUUCAAGAAGAUGGUGGGGAUAUCAUAUAUAUGGGUUUCGACAAUGGAGUAGUGAAGCUAAAGCUGCAGGGAGCCUGCACAAGUUGUCCUAGCUCAGUUGUCACUUUAAAAGGUGGCGUUGAGAAUAUGCUGCAAUUCUACAUCCCAGAAGUAACAGCAGUUGAACAGGUUGAAGAUGAAUCAGAUGAGGCAUCAAAAGAAGCAUUCAAAAAAUUGGAAGAAAAACUGGGAGAAACAUAAUCUACGAUCACAGUGCAAUGGUUACCUCGUACCCAAAACAUGGUCCAUAGUAAGCAUUGCAUUAUAAUCUAUGACCACAAUGCAAUGCUUACCUUAUACCCUAGACAUGGUCCAUAGUAAGCAUUGCAUUGUAAUCUAUGACCACAAUACAAUGCUUACCCCUUACCCAUAAUCUGUAUCAUUAAAAUGGAAUAGUGUAUCUAUCAUAUCUGAUAGGUUGACCUGUACCUUACCUAUACAUUAAGCAAUAAAUUCAUUAUACAGUAUAUGUUUGUGGUACAUAAUAUGAUAUCUUUAUUUCCUCCAAAUUUUCUAAAUCAUACAAAAAAGAAAUAGGAGGGGUCAGAACAGAGGAACAAGUCUAUACUCAAAGGUUUUGUCUGCUCAGUCAUAAGUGACUCUAAAAUUAUUAGUAAAUGCUUACUAUGGCAUUAGCAUUCAAAGAGGAAGUGCAAAGAUGUCUAUUACUGCACUCUAUUAAUAUUAACAGAAUGGAUUAAAAAUGUUUGGAUUUUCAUAACACUGUAGUGUGUCCUCAUUACUAUGGGUUUGAACAAUUAUAUGGAUGCCAUCUGUAUAGAAUUAUAUGCUUUGAAUUAGGUUUAUAUUGUAUAAAUAAUAAUUUGUAUUAUGUUUUAUUCAUAUCUGAAGCGCCAGUAUCCUAUAUUUAAUAACUUAAGUAAAGGUAGUAAAAGUUUUUUAAAAAUCUGGUGAAGAUGAUGAAUGAAAUUUUAAUGAAAUAAAACAUUUUAGUGAAUUAGUUUUUUUGGGGGGGGGGGGGGGGUUGUUGUGUUUUGGCAUGGUAGGAUUAUUACCAGUGUUUUACAGUACUGUACCACUAAAUGCCAUGUUAUUUGCCAUGUCAACAAUACUCUGGUGUUUUUCUAAGUACAAUAUGUUGUGUGCAUUUAAUGUAUUUGGUCAUGCAGAAUUUCUGUUGUUACUGGUUGUAUUAUUAUGUUAAUGUAAAUAUAUAAACACGAUGAAAUACAUAGAAAAAUUCUCAACAUUGCAUGAAAUAUUGACAUUAAAAUUUCGAAUACCUUCAAAA